AUGGUCCGUGUUGGUCAGGAGACUAGCCUCAUAGAAACGCGUCAGUUCACGCCUCACCUUUGCUGCAAGCGACUUGGACUGAGAUUAAGGGAGAACUGGGAAAACUAUUUGGUAUAUUUGAAAAGAGAAUUGAAAGGGAUUUCCAAUGGUAGCUCAUACACUGAAGUUGGAUCAUUGAUGGCUGCUAGUUCGAUAAAUCCUCUGAUCAUGUGUAAAAUAAUUGGAGAUGUGGUGGAUCCAUUUGUGCCCACAGCAGACAUGGAUGUCUACUAUGCAACCAAGCAUGUUACUAAUGGCUGCAGCAUCAAGCCUUCCAUGGCUUUCAAUCCCCCGACUGUCACCAUUUCUGGAUUGCCUAAUGAGCUUUACACCUUGGUAAUGACAGAUCCAGAUAUGCCAAGCCCUAGCGAGCCCUCCAUGAGAGAAUGGGUGCACUGGAUUGUAGCCAACAUUCCGGGAGGUACCAAUUCUGGUCAAGGAAAAGAGAUAGUUCCAUACAUGGAGCCAUGCCCAGCUGUUGGAAUUCACCGUUAUAUUCUAAUACUAUUUAGACAGUCCAAAUAUGUUGACCAAACUAUUGAGAAGCCAAAUAUCAUAACCAGGGCCAACUUCAACACUAGAGCCUUCUCUCAUCACCUAUGCUUGGGGUUUCCGGUUGCAAUUGUUUACUUCAAUGCACAAAAGGAACCCAUCAACCAACGAAAUGUCUAAGUUAUUUCAUCUUCUCCUUGAAUAAAUAUAUAUAUUAUCAUGCAUGAACCUAAUUACUAUAUAAAGACAUAUCUCUCUAUCUAUCUAUG